AGAUCGAAAAUGAAGUUAGGCCUCCAAAAUUUCGCCCUGGUAACAUCGACAAUAUGCUGUAUUUUAACCAUCGCAAUUUAUCUUCACGUCAAGCAGCUGCGAAAUACCCGAGGCAAGUGCAUUGUAAGCUGCCUUCUAAGUAUUGUCUUGUGGCAGAACUCGCGUGUAUUAAAAUAUUGGAUGCCAAUAAACAGUUUGUUUUUGGAUGUUGGUAUAUUCAUAUUCUUCUUUUUCGCUCACAAUCUUUGGCUGUCGGUCAUCAGCUUUCAUUUGUACAAAGUCUUCAAGUCGGUCCCUGGCGAGGAGCACCGCUUUCAGUUCCUGGCCUAUAGUGUCUUCGUCUGGUUCACGACUGCCCUCCUCCCCGGGGAAUAUUCACUGGUGUCGUUCUUGAGUGGCGAUGACAGUCCAUUCGCAAGACUGUUCGCUGAAGGUCAGGGCAACCUUUUAGCUGAAAUAUGGCUCGGCGUUUCCUUCUUGGCGUUACUAAUCUCGAGCGUCUUCAAUGUGAUUAUGUUUACCCUAACGAUCAGCCACAUUCUGAAAGUCAAGACCAAUAUAAUAAGGAGGACCAGACCAAAUAGAGAGACGACAACCUGCUUUAAUAUCGAAACUGAAACAUAUCUGUACUGCCUUCGGAUCCUGUUUGUGAUGGGCAUGACUUGGUUCCUGUACUUAGUUUCUUUUGUCGCGAGGGUCCUGCGUUAUAGUAACCCGGUGCUUGAUGUCCUCGGUUAUUUCAACUGGUUUUACGGCAUCUUCGUGUUUGUACUCUUUAUCCUAAAGCGCAGCACCAUUAAUCUUCUAAUGGAUAGCAUUCUAGUUAAACGAAAAAAGCAGUUGGCCCGCACUCGUAGAGCACAAAAUCCAGCUUAAUUUUCUGUGCUUCGAAGAAAAGGAGGGGAAAAUGACUUAAAGUUAAACUCCAAAAUUCAUAUUUAACAAAAUAAUCUACCCAUAC